CAUGGGAGAGUUGCCCCUGUGACCCGGGCGGAGAACCCAUAGGCCCCUGGUGGACAGCAAGUGUCUGUUACCAAACGUGUAGAAGUUUUAGUGAACAGAUAAAGAUGAAUGUUAUGCAUCAUCCAGUAUGAAAGUUUUGGAAGUUAGAAGACAGACUUAAGAGCAAAGAAUAAAGCCAGGCAACUUCAGCAGUAAUUUCAACCAGUUUGCAUUUAAUGGAAGAAGACCAUUGUCUGCUCAUGUACAUGCCUAACUCAUAAUAGUUUAUAAAGUUGAUUUGUCAAAUGUAUCUGAAAGAUGACUCUCAAAAGCCCGUGGAGUAAUGGGAUCGAGACAGAUGUGAACCCUCCCUUGUGGAGUCUUGAGUCUGUUGAGGAAGACACACAUUAAAUUACAUCAAUAUCAAGAUGAUCUAUAUUGGGAGAAAAGAACUAAAUUGUACAAGGGCAACAUAGCAUCUCAGGACUUCAGCUCAUCUAAGACUUGAGCAGGUUUCUUCAUACCAGCUCACUGCAGACUCUGUGCUAUGGUUUUUCUAGGAGAUAGUCAUGAAACCUGUGGUGGUUCAUCUUCAGCAUCAACCUGAUUGGAUCAAGGAUACCUAAGAUAUUAGAAAGUUACUAUUCAAGUCACAUACAUCAUAAUGCUGAAUUCUUCAUCGGUAUCACCAAAAGAUCAAGAUAAAUCAAACAUCCCUUCUGGAACAGCGCAGAGUGGGAAAAGUUUACAGAAUAAGAGUCAAUUUAGGACCAUUGCACCAAAACUUGUGCCUAAAGUCUUAACAUCCAGAGUGCUACCCUGUCCUUCCUCACUUUCUGACCAAGCGUGUCUGGCUCUAACUUCCAAGCCUCUGGGCAUGGCCACCCAGAACUAUGCUCUGAUGCAGGUGGUUGGCCAGGAGAGCACUUUUUCUCUUUUUGCUUUACCGAAUGUUGCCUCAACUCAGCCAAUUCAGAAGCCCAGAAUGUCCCUGCAUGAAAACCUGAAACUGCCUAUUCCUCGAUACCAACCACCAAGUAACAAAGGGUUAAGAAAGAAACAGGACCUGAGCUCUCCCAAGAGUAGCUGGAAUGAACCUCCUGGCCCAGUUCAGACAUGCCAAAUGUCCCCUUCCCCACAAGCCCAUCCUGAACCGCCUCAUAAGACCAGCCCGUUGAAGCAAAUGCCCACUUUAAACCCUUCCUCCGCCAUCAAAACAACUACACUGACCAACAGUAUUGCCCAAGGAGAUUCAAAUCCUCCGAUGACCAACAGCUGUGGAGACCUGAAGCUUCCUGCAUGUGCUACAGAGGAUUCCUCUUCCCCACAGAGCCUUCCAGCAAUCAUGCAGAAGGCAGACUGUGCCAGGAAGGAGGUGCCCACUAAGCCUGCUUUUACUGGUGAAGAACUUAAAGACCAGGGGACUCCUGCACACACUGUCUUCAGCAGUGUGGUUCAGUUGGUCUCAUUAGUACCGAAGGGUAAACUGCCCAUCCUGCCCUUCUCAAGAGUGAAAGCCACAGAGAUGGGCAAAGUGGAAUCAGAUACUGAUAAUGCCCAACUAUCUUCAUCUGGAUGCAGGGCAAACUGUGAUGAGAGACUGUCCAUCGCAGAAAGGUUUGAUGCAGCCAUCAUGAUGCCCAGCAGGAUAACUGCUCUGCAUGGGUCCAAGCAGAAUGCUUGUGAAAGUGCCUUCAGUCCUGUCGCCAAAUUCGAUCUCAGCCACAAAGUAAAACCAAGCAGUGGGGCAGUAAAGAGAAAAGGAAGAAAAUGGAGAGUGCCAGAUGAGAUUUUAGCAUUGCAGGGCAAAAGGAGGAAACACAUUAUUGGUAUGUGUGGAGAUGGCGUAGAAAGGGGGAGAAACAGUCCUCAGGAACCCAGAGACCAGAAGCCCAAGGCUGCUUCGAGAAAGUAUCGUAGCAUCAUGCCCAAGCCUGUCACUGUCAUGUCUGCUUUGGCGCCCCUGGCGUCCCCUGCAACCGCACUGCAGUCCCAGGCCCCCAGCAGUUUAGGUCAGGGUGCUCUGCUGAAUAAUACACUGCCUCCAAAAUGCCCUGGUUCCAAGCAAAAUGACAGCCCUGCCCCAAAGUCCAGCUGUGCACUCAGAAACGGAUUCUCGGGCAUUAAGAAGCCCUGGCACAUGUGUCCCGUCUGUAACCACCACUUCCGGUUCAAACACCACCUUCUAGAUCACAUGAAUACACACACUAACAGACGGCCUUACAGUUGUGGGAUCUGUCGAAAGGCCUACGUUCGUCCUGGCAGCCUGAGUGCACAUAUGAAACUGCACCAUGGUGAGAAUCGCCCCAGGAAACUGGUGUGCUGUGAGUUUUGUGCAAAAGUAUUUGGCCAUGUUCGAGUCUAUGUUGGUCAUCUGAAGGAGGUGCACAGGGUUGUGAUCAGCACAGAGCCCUCCUGCAGUGAACAGCAGCCAGGAGACACAUCAAGGACCAGGGACAGAGAUGCUGACACGCAAGGACCCGAUGGCCCACUGGAGAGGGAACCCAAGUCAAGUUUGGAAGAAGAUUUCCUUCUAAACCAGGCAGAUGAAGUCAAGUUGCAAAUCAGAUGCGCCCGUUGUCAAAUCACUGCCCAGUCUUUUGCUGAAAUAAAGUUCCAUUUGCUUCACGUUCACGGGGAGGAGAUCCAAGGCCGACUUCAGGAGGUGAUCUUACCAGGCAGCAGAGCAGGGGUUCCCCACCAGAAGCAGCACCGCGAGAGAAGGAAGCAGGCCAUGCCCUGGGCCUCUGUGGCGGACUCCCCAGCAUGUCCUAGAGUGAAAAGGCAGCCACCCUGUCAUCAGAACAGGGAGGAAGUGCAGGCAGGAAGGGAAGGUGGCCAAUGGGGAGUGAGCAGCCCACAGCAGCCCACCAAGCUUCUCUGCUCCCACUCAGGCUUUAACUGCCUGCUCUGUGCCCAGAUGCUGGGGAAGAAGGAAGACCUGCUUCUCCACUGGGGACGCCAGCACAACUGUGAGGACCCUGACAGACUCUGGGCUAUCCUGGGUGCCAUCUCUAACCAAGGAGCUCCUGAAUUCCUCAGUGAAGCAGUGACACUGAGGCCACCCAGCUGAAGAGACCUCACACCACCUUUCUGUCGCACUGUUUCUGUUAGUAUUUAAUGGUAAGGAUCCACUACUCCAGGGCCAACACCAGUGUACAGAGGUAACUUUUGUGGGUAGUUUUAUUUUCUUAAGAAAUAAAAUAUGUGCCCUGGAUGCAUUUUUCUAACAUAUGUAGUCUCACUUUAAAAUUCCAUGCAUUCUCUAAUAUCAUAGACUUUAUUUCAUAAUAAAUAAAAACAUUAAAAUUAGUAAA